UGAUGACUCAUCUGAAUACCGCUGGCUCUUGGUUUCUUAUUCGACGAGGAAAAUCGGUCUUUUGCGGUUUUCCUUCUCUUAUCCCCUUCCAGACGGUGAGAAAUAGCUGUCUUUCUCGACGAAACUCAUAAUGUUUGGUUUCUUUAAGACUCUCAGACGUACUCCAUCAUUCUGUUGAGAUUUCUUUUCACAAUUCUGCUCAAGAAAACAACAACAUGGCUUCCGCUAGUGAUCACGGAAACUCUAUUGUCAUUGAAGACGAUAGCCAAUUUCAGCAACAACUCCAUCAAGCUGGGAACAGACUGGUUGUGGUAGAUUUUACUGCAUCUUGGUGUGGUCCAUGCCGUAUGAUGGCCCCUGUGUUUUCAAAUUUGAGUGUGAAAUAUUCAGCGGCUGUUUUUCUGACUGUUGAUGUUGAUAAGUGUCAGAGGACUGCUGCACAGCAGGGAAUCAGAGCCAUGCCAACAUUCUUCUUCUUCAAGAACAGAAAGAAAGUGGAUGAAAUGCAGGGAGCCAACCCCACAGGCCUGGAAGACAGAAUCAAUCAGUGGAUUGGAGGGGCUGUGGAAACAACAACAGUGGAUCCCAAGAGAGUUGCAACAGGUCGUAGCUGGGACUGUUUUGAACAGCUACUGGACAACCCGCCAGAAGUCUUCAUGGAUGUGUCACAGCUCCUUCUUAAGUUUGCGUCCAACAUCAUCAACAAUCCUGAUAAUCCAAAAUACCGAGCCAUUAGAGUCAGCAACAAGAUUUUCCAGUCACGUCUUCUUCCAGUGAAUGGAGCUGUGGAAUGUCUCUUCACCAUGGGAUUCCAAGAGAGAGGUGACCAACUAGUGUGCCCCCAAGGCGAAUCGUUAGAAAACAUGUUAAUUCUUCAGGACGCGUUGAACGACGAGAGAAGUCAUCGUAGCGCUGCACAGGAACCUGAACCAACUCCAACUUCAACUCCAACUUCAACUCUAGCACCAGUUAACCAACCUCAAAACAAUGGCCCUUCGUGUGGACAACCAACCAUUGUUUCCAGUCCAACUGCAUAUCCAUCGGACAAGGAGAAGGACUUUCUCCUGAGACUUCACAGCUCGCUACAACAUGUGCUUCUUUACGAAGAUAAAGAUUUGCAGCGAAGAGCACGGGAAAUGAUUCCUUUGGCUGAGUUAGAGAGGAAGGCCAAAGAAGCCAGUGAAAGAACAAAGCAGGGAGGGGACGGUGGAGUGGAUGAAAGAGAUUGCCUAGUGUUAGAAAUGCUGAACUGGUUCAAAGGUACUUUUUUCAAGUGGGUGGACAAACCUUCAUGCCCGUCAUGUGGUUCUCUAACGUUUGCUGUCGGUGUGGUUCCCCCAACACCUGAGGAAAUGCUGUGGGGUGCUGGGAAUGUAGAGAGCUACAAAUGUCUAAACUGUGGAAAGGUUACGAGAUUCCCAAGAUAUAAUCAUCCUGCAAAACUUUUAGAAACGCGCAGUGGCCGAUGCGGUGAAUGGGCCAACUGUUUUACAUUAUGCUGUCGAGCUGUUGGAUUUGAGGCGCGACACAUUUUGGAUUGGACAGAUCAUGUGUGGACAGAAGUGUAUUCUGUAGCUCAAAAGAGAUGGCUACACUGUGACUCUUGUGAAAACGCCUGCGAUAAACCGCUGCUUUAUGAGGCUGGCUGGGGAAAGAGACUCAGUUAUAUUAUAGCGUUCUCACAUGAGCAGGUCUUGGAUGUGACAUGGCGAUACUCUGCUAAGCAUGAAGAGGUGAAAAAGGCAAGAAAUCUAGUGUCUGAAGCCUGGUUGGUGGAGACGUUGAAUAGAAUGACUCUAGAGCACCAAAGAAACCUUAGUGAAGCUCGGCGGAAAGUUUUAGCAGAGCGCCAGGUGAAGGAAUUGGUAGAGUUCUUCACCAUCAAGUCUGUUCGUCAUGAUGAACUACAGGGGCGAGUGUCGGGUUCUUUGGCCUGGAGGCUGCUUCGAGGCGAAACAAAACAACAAGCAGAUGAACAGAAGCACGAACCUUACAUUUACAAACCUACUGACGAAGAAAUCAAGGAAAAAAGAUUGCGCCUGUGCUUCAAUUGUGUGAUGAAUAAAUAUUUCCGAGGUUAUGAUAGAAAGUUAGACCUUUCCGGUUGGCAGUCAAGAGUGGCUUCGUUCAGUUCUGUCACACGUAAGGUCGAGAGGGACUGGGAAAUGGUUUACCUGGCGAGAACAGAAACUGCUUCAACUGGCCAUAUAACGUGGCAAAUAGAUUUGAAUUCUUGUGAUCUUGUGAUCGAUAGCGUUACAGUAAUAGCUAGGAGCGACACUUUUCUGACUGGACGAGUGGACUGGAAACUAAGUGGGGAUGAGGAGAGUCAAGUUGAAAUGCUAUCAGGAGGUCAGGAAUCUACUAUAACGUCUGUACUCAGUGGCUCCAAAACUCUCAAAUUGACGGCCGCGUUCAGUGGCGGGAAAGGAGACGUUGCUUGGCAACACGCUCAGAUUUUUCGUCAGUCAUUUAACAGUCAAAGUGAAUAUCCCCUCGAUAUCUUAGUCUUUAUGAAAGAACCUGCACGUAAUACUCAUCUCUAGAGCUGAUGACCACAGAGUUUGUUGCUACAGUGAAACCCUACUGAAAUGAGCCCGCCACACAAUCAACCUGUUAACAACACAGCAGUUAAACUCGGGCUUGCGCGGGGGCAUCAAUUCUGGCCGUCCGCGCGUCAAUAUCUCGCGCAAAAUUUUAAAGAAAAGCAUGAGAAAAAAACCGCUGUCAUGCAAAGUUAGCGAAAGAAACGUGAAACGGUGAUCGAUGUCUGUAAUGGGAAACAAAAGUAAGGAAAAGAAAACUCGAGACUGAUCGAACACAUAGGUUUUUUUCAAAUACAGGUUCCUGCUGAUUUACCGUUCUGUUGUAAGCUUUACCAAAAAACUAUACGCUUUUGAAACGCCAUGACUCACUGGCUUGUGUGAUUGUUUGUAACUCGUGUGAGACAACUUGGUUCUGACAGCCUAAAGCACGCCACGUAGUCCGCCACUUAUUCAACGACGUGCGCAUAUUCACAAACGUUUGACCGCUGUGUUCCUGUUAUCCAGUCAAUUCCCAGCUAUUGACUGAAAUAAAACAGUUCUUAACGAGCCCCGAUAUAACUAGGAAACUUCCUUAGACAGCCAUUUGUGCAAUGUUUGAACAUCUGAGAAUGCUUUAGUUGCUUGUCAGACCGAAUGAGGUUUUUGCAAUAGGUAAUAUGGUUAUAUCAUCUAAGUUGAUAUUGUAAGUUAGCCACCGUAAAGAGUUAAAAAGCUGACGUUUCAAGCGUUAGCCCUACGUCAGAGCGAAUGUAACCCUCACCGACGCAGCACCACAGUCUCUUUAGAAACUUACCCCCAUUUUACAAUAGGGUUUUACUGUAGCUUAUUAUUUAAAAGAUAGUGAAAAACGUAGUUCUUUACACUUUAUAGUCUUCAAAAUAUUCAGUUAUUUCGUCCAACUUACUCGAUUUAGGAAUUCAUUCUCAACUUCUCCUUUGUAUUUUUUGUUUGCAUUUAUUAGUAACUUCUGUGGCAGUUUCUAAAUUAAUGAAUUGCGUGUAUGUAAUGCAGCUACAGUAAGACUAUAAUUUACUGGAUUGUAGAGCUAUGUGAAGAAAAAUUUAAAUUUUUUACCACGAGGAACUUACGUUAUGCUUAUUGUAGGUGAAUCAAAGCCAAGUUUAGAGCAAAGUAUGCAAUUUAGGAGAAAAAAAACUGCCUAGGGCGUUACGUCAACCACUCCGCCGGUCAUUAUUUAUCGCCUGGGUGGGGAAGGGGGGGCGGACUGCUGGAGGAUUUUGGUUGUGUCAUGAUGAAAAUUACCUGACCUGACCUUCUCCAUCCUGCAAGGGUUUGCACUAUCCUCAUGAUUAGAUCAUUUUUCCAGCCAAUUUUCUAUAGUGCUUCUUUACACUCUGUCGGUGAAGACUGAUGCCCCCUUCCGUCCCCCAUUAAACCAUGUAAUCCACCCAAAAUCAUGCGACCUCCCCUCCCAUGCGUCAAAUCAUGACUGCUCCCAAAAUACCUGUUUUAAAUGACUGACGGAAGUUCACCAAUCACAGCUUUAGAAGCGACUGAAAGAUACAAGUCUAACUACAGACUAGAUUAUGACCCACGGAGCUGGAAUGUAAUACUCCAGAAGACUUUCUUCAUAGUUUCUUUGUGAUCUUUGUGCAAACUAUAGGGUAAAGAAGAGAUUUUGAGAACCAUAGCUUGGAGAAUUAGUUGUACUCUGAAAAUGUUAAAUGAUAGAAACAUUUUAGUGAUAUCCAAUGUUAACUUAGGUAGUAUGUUGGAAUACACCUAACGAAUAUUUUCGAUUAAACGUCUUCUCGUUCUUCCAA